GCCGACGUGGCGGCAAUUCACGCCAUUGUCGUCAGGCCCGAUCGCGGAAAACAGGGGAUCGGGAGGGCAUUGGCUGAGCACGCGAUGCAGGACGCCGCUUUGCUCGGGUACAAUGUCGCCAUGUUGACGUCGACCUCCGCAGGCCAAAGUACAUUCGAUAAGCUGGGCUUUAGAGAGAUUGGGACGGUGAGGAUGUUCGUGUGGCACCCCCUUCCCCCUUCAACUCAGGGACGACAGAGCUCUCUCGCGGGCUCCGGUGUGCUCAGGUUUUCCAAGUCCGCGAGCAUGCAGCAGGGUCUGACAACAAAGGCGAGGCUUGGAGACGGAGCUGAAAAGAGGGAGGCAUAUCGGAUGUUGGGUGAGCAGACGGGGCAGCUGACAAGGCAAUAUCAGGCGACAAAGGCCACGGAGUCUGACGAGCAGCUCACUGGGAAGACACAGGCCGAGGAAGAAGAUAGAGACGAAGAAUGGCAGCUUGUGGAGCACGAGUAGCUCUUUUAUAUCGGCAUGUUUUUCUAGGUUGGAUGGGUUUGCAUGUAGAAUCGGGUCAUGACUAACAC